UUUUUGUCGCGAAUAGUGAGGUAAUUGCGGAGCCAGGCGAAGAAGAUGGCUACAGCGGUCUGGCUGCAUGGUUCGAAUAAUAUGCGGCUGACCGAGGGUUUAGUGUCGGCUCUGAAGGAGGAACGACCCGAGUACUUGCCAGCACUUUUGGCGAACUACCGGGAGCAUGGCGGGAUCUCCACACAGAGUUCUGGAGCAGCUGGUGGCCUCAUCGGACUCAGCAAUGCUCGACUCGGCUCCAGCAAAACCAGGUUUGAGGGUCUGUGUCUGCUGUCCAUAUUGGUGAAGGACAGCUCCAGUGAAGUUUUCCAGCAGCACUGCCUGUCUUGGCUGCGCACUUUGCAGCAGGUCAUACAGUCCCAGGCACCUCUCCCGUCUGUCCAGUUGGCAGUGAGUGUGCUCCAAGACUUGCUGCAGUACUCUUCCCAGCUGCCGGAGCUUGCCAGGGAGGUCGGUCUCAACUCCAUCCUGGGCAUUCUCACAUCCCUGCUGGGUCUGAAGUCAGAGUGUCACCUAGCAGCAAUGGAGGGGAUGACUGCCUGCAUGACAUUCUAUCCCCGGGCCUGUGGAUCCUUAAGGGACAAACUGGGUGCCCAUUUCCUUUCCAAAAUGGAUUCUGACUACCCAAAAGUGCAGGAGGUGGCCAGCGAGUGUUAUGGCCGUCUGCCCUGCCUGGGUGGGGUGCUGGAGAGGGGAGGGGGUGGUCGACGUGCUGAAGGCUGGACUAACCAGCUUCACUGCCUGCUAGCAUCUGCGCACGCCACGCUGAGCCAGCUGUACCAGGGAGUGGAGUGCGAGAGGACAGUGCAGUACGAGGGCCCCGGCAUUGAGUUGCCCUUUCCGCCGCUGGAUGAAGCUGAUCCCCUUCUGAUCGUCCAGCUGCGACACCGAUACAGGGCUGUGUGCUUGGCUCUCAAACACACACUCAGUGUGGACCCAGUGUCUCCAGUGCGUCUUCCUGUUCAGAGUGUUUUGAACCUGGUGUGUCGAGCCCUGGCGGUCAGCUGCAAGAGCAUUAAUGUGUCCGGUGACGGGUGUCUGAAGUUGCUUGUUUUGCCCUCGGUACACAGCGACACCCUGGAGCUCCUGUCUGCUGUCAUCACUGCGGUUGGCAGUAGGCUGGUUCCGUACUGCAGUGUGUUGACUCGCCUCUUCUCCCAGACCCUCUCCGCCUGGAGCCCCCUGGCUGAGGUCAGCCUUGGGCAGCAAAGGGCCUACAGUGCUGUGCGGGUGUCGCUGUACCAGACACUGGAGCUUUGGGUACGAGUGGCUGGGGCCUCCUCUGGCGUGCUUCAGGGAAGCCCCACCCAUACAGAACUCUUACUGGCACACCUACUGGGUGACAUCACUCCUGGGGCUGACUCCGUCAAGCUGCGUGUGGGCCAGGCCGCCAUCUCUGAGCUCAUGGGGCACACUGGGAAGGCAGGGCCGCGUCGUCCCAAGGGCUUGGGAAUGGGUGAUGGAAGCGCAGUCUCACUGCAGAGGAAGGGUGACUCACUGGCCAAUCAAGACACGUGUCUGUCUGCACUGAGAGCUCUGAGACAAAUCAUCCUGACCAGUGGUACUCUGCUGAAGGAGGACAUUCACAAGAGGCUCCAGGACCUUGUGUUGCCCCUGUGUGUACGCCUGCAGCAGCAGCUGCAGUGUGGAAGUGAGGUGGGAGGGGUGAGCGGUCAGUACGGCAACGCUCCUCCACGACGGGCACUCUAUCGCCUCCUACUGGCCAUGGUUCUCGCUCCUCCCCCACGCUGGCCACCCCCCUUGACCUGUGCAGUGUCCAUAUUCAGUCAUGGCCGGAAGGACCGAAGCCUUUUGGUAUCCUCAUUCUGUGCCGAAGCCCUAACAGUGUGCAACUCCCUCCUCCACCCUCGAACUCCCUCCCUUGCUCUCCCCCUCCCAUCACUUACACUCAAACACACUGCUGCGGCCCCUACGCUCACACCUUCCCAAAACCCUUCGCUCUCUCUCCCGUCCCUCCUGGGAGGCCCUGCACAAGGGGCACCCUUUCCAGCUCGGCACCCCCUCAGUCUGGGUCCAGCUGGCCUCUUGGGACCGCUGGAAAACCAUCUUCCCUUGCCACCAUCUGUUCUGCCUCCCCAAGCUGGCCCCGCCACCACAGCAGGUGACCUGCUGCUGUCCCCUCCCCAGCCAGGUGAGCUGGCUGCUCUGGGGGCCCCUGAGGGCCACAGACCUGUGUUUGUGCGCUACGACAAAGAAGAGGCUGAAGAUGUGGAGAUUUCUCUUGAGAGUGACUCCGAUGACAGCGUGGUCAUUGUCCCUCAGGGGAUGUUGUUGCUUGAAUCGCACGAUGCUGCCAGCACGCAGCCUCUCCCACCACCACCACCAGGGGGAGCGGUGCCAAGUGUGGGUGCAGGAACAGGGGGGGACACUGGAGUUGUGAGCAGCCCUCUCCCUAAUGAGUUGCCUGCCUCCAUGCCUCACCAGAUUCUACCCUCUAACUCAAAUGCUAUUAGCACUUUCCCCGGUCAGAGCCAGGCUCAGCUUGUGUCUGUUGUGCCACAGCUCAACUCCACAGCAGCUCAACUGGCAGCUCCCCCUGUUGGCCUGGGGGAUUCACUGCCCGGCGCACAGCUGCAGCAGAUGCUAAUGCAGCCGUCAUCGGCUGGGCAGCCGUCACAGCUGGGACUGCCCAUGCAGAUGCAGCUGCAGAAUCAGAUGGCACAGACUAGCAGACAGCUGCAGCAGCAACCGCAGCCAAGCGAGGAGGACCUCACAGUCAUCAAUAUCAACAGCUCUGAUGAAGAGGAAGAGGAGGAUGAAGAGAUGGAGGAUGAGGAUGACCUUUGCGAGGAGGAGGAGGAAGAAGAGGAAGGACUGGAGGAUGAAGAAGAGGAGGAGGAGGGAAGCGAUUUUGCAGAUGACGAUGAUUACUACGGCGAGGAGGAGUUUGAGGACUAUGAGGAUGAGGAAGAGGGGAUGAUAGAGGCAGAGGAAAUGGAGGAGGAGGCUGAAGGGCUGCCCCCGUUAGAAGGAGAGAGCCGAAGGGCCCUGAUGAGCAGGGAGGAGGGGGGAGUACUGAUGACCUCUGCUGAUGAAAGGGGGAUGGGCAUGUUCCGUCUGGAGAGAGAAGAAGAGGAAGAUGCAGAGGUAGAGGGAGGAGGCAGUGAGUUGGAAGGGGACCAUAGCGUCUACAGGCAGCCCCUGCACUCAAAAGAGGGGAAUCGGGAGGAGAGGGUAAAGGAGGAAGGGGAGGGAGAGGUGGUGGUCACUGAGGAGGGGAUGGACAAAAUCAGAGAAGGAGAACAAGAUGAUGUAGCUGUUCAGGAAAGCAAGGGAGACCCACAGUCUCAAGGACCUGCUGAGGAGGUCAUGGAAGAAGCCAGUGAGUUUGAAAAAGAGACGGGAGUUGAGCUGGGAAGCCUGGAACAGGCAUCACAGGAGCCAGGACCCACACAAGAAUGUGACAGUGCUACCGUGGAUGACAUGGCCAUCUCCCACGAAGAGGGUGAAGUGGAGUCAUUGCAGGAAGUCGCGGUGCCCGAGGAGAAGGAACCAGUGGAGUCGACAUCAGAGCAGCCCAGACCUGAAGAGGGAGAGAAAGCCAAGCUUCAUGAGGAUAUCCCAGUCGAGGAAGCAAGGUCACCAAGGCAGAGUGAAGAGGGCAGAGCUUCUGUUGCGCAAGAGGAUGAGGAAGAGGAAGGUGAAGACGAUCUCAGGGGGAUGAAGAGAAAGCGGGAAGAACGUGAGGUAGAAGGGGCGGAGCUGAGUGUUGAGAAGAAAAAGCUGGAUGAGGAAGCUAUGGCUUCCAUGUUGGCUGAUUUUGUGGAUUGCCCACCUGAUGAGGAAGACAACGCCCAUUCCACGACACACUCCUGAGAUGGACAGAGUCUUACAGGGUUGGGCCAGAUUCGACGAUCAGGCACAUACCCUGAACCCAAUGUCAGUGUAUGGGCUGCAACCCUGUUUCUUGAGGGCCACAGUCUGAAGUCUUGUAAAACUGUCAGUCACAAAAUACAUAGUCAGCUGGCUCCACUCAUUUUUUUUAAAAUAUAUAUAAACAUAGGGUUUAAAUGAGGGACACUGCACAUUGAUGGGACUGGACUAGACUGCUGUGAAAGUGUUUUAGUGGAGUUGUUACUUUGGACUCUAUGCACUUUCCACUUGGGUUAAACCAUAAAAGCAGUUUGUAGUUUUGCUCUCAGCCAUCUUAAAAAAGAUAAGAAAAAGAUCUCCAGGUUUGAUGCAGAAAAGUGUUCAUUUUGCGUGGACUAAAGUUCUGUGGAAACGUCAGUGUAACCUGGCCAUUAAUUUAUGUCUGAGGUAAUUUGACUCAGACUAGUAACUUCACCCUUCACAUUAAAGCAAUGACAGAAUUGCUUGAAAAGCAACUGUACUGUAUAUGGUUAUCUCAUACUACUUGGAUGACAGGUUUUAGUGUAUAGCUACUCUAUAAUCUUUCUCACUUAUAAAUAAUAGAUCAUAAAUGCUUGGACAAAAUUGAAAAGACAGGGAUUUUCUUGCCUUUAAUACCCUAUUAUACAUCUACCUUGUAACAUAUCACAUGAACAAUGUCUUACUGCACUACACUUAGCUCAGUAAUGCAUGGAGUUGGUUAGAAAAUAGAACUACCAAGUUUCAGGCCAUCUUUAUUCACAGUGGGUUGAUACGGUUAGUAUAGUAUUGGCUACUAUGAUGUUUAUUUUUUGCCUUGUUUUUUAAGUCCUUAAGUUCUUUGAUAUUAAAUAUGUUUGUGUAAAGCAGUAUGGUUUUCUUUACUGAUACCUUGUUACAGACUUACCAUACCUACCAAAAUGAAUUGAUUCAUUAAAUCAUCAAACAAAGCUA